CUUUCUUUCUUUGUUUUUCCUGUAAAAAUAUUUACAAAUUUAAAUCGCGUACUGCGCGGGUGCAGUUGCAUAUGCAUCAUCGGUAAAACAGGUGCAGUAUAGUCGGUAAAAAAGUUGUGUUGUGUUUACAAAAGCAGAAUUAUUUUUCUCGUUACACGAAUUUUCGUUUGUCCAAGUAUUAAGUAAAUGAAUAUUAUAAUUUUUGAUAUUAAAGAUAAUUAUUAUUCGUUUUUUAAGUCAUCGCGUGAAUUAAUAUGCUCGAUUCGGAUUUAGAAAAUAUCUCAAAACAUGGGGACAGUAAUAGGGAUACCAAUUCAGUAUUACACAAAUAUGAUGAAAUUGUGGAAAAUCUUGAGAAAGAUUUAAAUAUUUGCAAGGCAGAACAAAAUAAAAUUAGAUCAAUGUUUGAAGCGAUACAAAAUGAUAACAGAGAUAUUGGUGAUCUCGUUAAAGAUCAAUUUUUUCGUAUUCAUAUUGAAACAUGUAACAGCGAUAGCAUACAUAAUAAAGAAAUUAUAAUGAAUUUACAAGAACGUAUCACAAUUUUACAAAUGGAAAAGGAUUCAGUCUAUCAGUUAUGGCAAAUGGCAUUAAAAGCAGUGAACGCUUUGGAAGAAGAAUUGAAGAAUUUUAAAACGGAUGGUAAAAGUUCUAAAUUAUAUGAAGAGCAUAUCGACAACGUUAAAGAAACAUAUUCAGAAGCUAUCAAAGCAUUGGAAGGGAAAUUAUUACAAGCAAGAGAAAAUUUUGUAAAACAACAAGCAUUGUGGGAAACUAGCAAAGAUAAAAUCGAGGAUUUGCUUAAAGAAAAAGCUGACAUUGCGAGAAAAUAUGAAAAUCUCCAAAAAGAUAUUCAAGAGAAAGAUAAAAAUAAUCUAAAGAUCGUCGAAUCAUUGAAAAUUGAAUUAGCUAAUGAAAAAUUGAACAAGCAAAGUGCAAUAAAUUCAAAAAUAGAAUUGGAAAGUAAAUUAAACGAAGCCAUGAAAUUUACUGCAUCUCUGAUGGCUCGAAAUGAGGAAACAAAAAAUAAAGUGUCUGAAGCUUUGGAAUUAGUAGAAAUUGCGGUACGAGAAAAAGAUUUGAUAUUACAAAGAGAAGCGCAUAUAUUGGAAGAAAAGAGUAGACUUGAACUUCGAUUAUCUAAAAUAACAGAAGAACAUACAGCCAUGUUGCAAGAAGAGAUAACAAAAAUCAAAGACGACUAUGAAAGAAGUGUUAAAAAGUAUACAUCUGAAAUUCGAGAUCUUAAAGUGGAAUUGGAACACAAAACUAAACUUUUAAAACAUCUAGAAAACGAUUACAGGUUUUCUCAGGAAGAAUUUGAAAAGAAACGUCAGAGUUCUGAAGAUGCAUUGCAAAGAUCGAGAACUAAAAUAUUAGAUUUUGUACACAAAUUGCAUUCUAUAGAACGUCAACUACAAAACAAAGAUGAUGCACAAAGAAAAAAGUACGACGAAGAGAUUUCCCAUUUAGAAGUUAAGAUAAUCGAAUUAGAAGAAAGAUUAAAUACUGCUAAUGAUAAAGUAAAUAAAUAUCAACGAGAUAAUAACGACAGCAUGGAAAAUCAGGUAAAACAAGCUAAUGAGAAAACGAAGAAUGUGAUUGAACAAUGCAAUGAUUUGGAGAAACGUUUGACUAGAUCUUUGGAAGAUAGAGAUCAUUUUCAAACAGAAAUGAAACACUUGCAAAUGACUUUUGAUCAUGAAAUGCAAAAGUGGGAAUAUGAAAAGAAUUCUCUGGAAAAUAAAAUUCAUAAUUUAGAACUUAAUCAUCAAAAAGCAACUUUUUUGACACAGGAUGGGUUAAAUGCAAACAUAGCUGCAACGCAAGCUUAUACAGUGGAAAAGGAAGUGAAGAAACCUAAUUCAGAUGCAACACCAGAAAACAAGGAACAUUGUUGUCGAUUGGUUUUAUUGGAGCAAAUGAAUAAAGUGCAAGAAAGAUUCGAUAAAAAAAUAAAAGAAUUGUCACAUCACGUGGAAGUUCAUCAAAAACUUAGCAGAAAGUGGAAAGAAGAAGCCAAGACGAUGACAACAAAGUUUCAAGAAAAAUCAAAAGAACAUCGAGCUAAGAUAAAUGCAUUAAGAAAGGAAAACGAGGAAUUGAUAAAAGAAUUAUUUGCAGCUCAACAAGAACUAACUAAACACAAAAUACAAAAUCUUCCGAAAAGCAUCGAAGGAAAUAAAAUAAGUUGACAUAGUAAUGUCAUAAUUGUAGGAUUAAUAUCACAUCUUGGUUUCUGUAAAUAUUUCAAGAAACGGCAGAUAUAUCUAUUUUGGAAAUACAUGUUCAUACAGGAAACAUAACAACAUUUUAAGUAUGACGAAUUCCUACCUGAUAAAUUAUCUUUAAAAAAAGAAAAAAGAAAAAUUAUUAUU